AUGUAAAUGGCGGAAGUACGCGACAGGUAUUUUCACUGACUCGUUGGGUUUGAAAACGAGUGCUAUGGCUUGGAUACAACUGUCACUAUUAUCCUGUAUACUUGUUAUGACAGUUGCAGUAGAAAGACCAACAAGAUGGUGCGUAGUGAGUGAACCAGAAGAAGUGAAGUGUGAGAAGUUUAAGAAAGUUUUGAACGAUAUCAUCCUAGAUCGGAGCAUACCCGAUUCACAAAAAGAAGACCUACCCCGAAAAUUUCAAUGUGUCCGCAAAGUGGAUGUGUUUAAGUGCAUGAAGACAAUAGCAGAUGACGAAGCUGACCUGAUGAACCUUGACCCAGGUCAAGGUUAUUUUGCUGGAAGGUACCACAACAUGAUGCCAGUAGUGGCUGAAAACUAUGACACUGUUCCACAAGAUAAACCUACAUAUUUUGCUGUUGCUGUCUUCCGAGCAAACAAUCCAGUUAAUUUGGAAACUCUACGAGACAACAAAAACAUCUGCUUCCCAGGUAUUGGAACGAGUGCAGGCUGGCUGUAUCCCAUAUCCCAGCUCCUGGAGAAGAAGUACAUCCCAGUGACGGAGUGUAAUGCCAUCGUCAAGUCUGUCACCAGCUUCUUCAAGGCCAUGUGUCUGCCUGGCGCUCUCACGUCGUUUUAUAAUCCAUUUGGUAACAACCCAACCUCUGUGUGUGAGAUGUGCAGUGGGCAGGGCGAGGAGCGGUGUUCCACCAGUGACCCGUCAGCUGGGUUCGACGGGGCGUUCCGCUGCAUGGCCCAGGGUCGCGGUGACCUCACCUUCAUCAGACACGACACGGUUGGCAUGAUGGCCAGAUACGAUGCGAACUAUAACGAAGAUGACUUCCGGUUGCUCUGUCCAGACGGCAGCCAGAAAGCCAUCUCGGAGUACGCAGACUGCAACUGGGGCAUAAUUCCCGCGCACAUCGUCAUGACAUCGGGUGUCCGGGAGAAACCCAUCAUUGAAGGGUACAAGAAGUUCCUGCUCCAGGCCUCAGACAUGUUCAAACCAGGCGGGACCUACAACCACCUGUUUGAGCUGUUCAGCUCGGAGAAGAUACGUGACAACCUCGGCCACGUCUAUGACAGGAAGAACCUGAUGUUUUCAGACUCCACACUCAUGCUUCAGGACAUCAAAGUGCACACAUAUUACACCUGGGUUGGCACGGAGUUUGUGAACAUCCUCAACAAGAUGAACCUGUGCCCACUGGAGGUGGCUCGGUGGUGCGUGAUCUCGCUGCCGGAGAAGAUCAAGUGUGAAACGAUGAUCAUGGCGUUCAAGGCCAAGGACCUGCGGCCCGAGCUCGACUGUCUGCUGGGCAAGGACACCACCACCUGCAUGGACAUGAUUGCCAACGGAGACGCAGACCUCAUGAACCUAGAUGCAGCAGAUGUCUACCUAGCUGGAAGAAAGUAUAACCUGAUUCCAAUAGCUGCAGAAGACUACGGGGACAUGUCCAUGAAGUUUAAAGUCGUAGCAGCUGCCAGGAAAACUGACAAAAUAUUGACUCUCUUCAACAUGAAAGGGAAGCGGUCAUGCCAGCCGGGUAUCGGCCGCGGAGACGGGUGGGUCGUCCCCCUCAACAUCUACAUCGAGACAGAGCAGAUCAUACCCAGCAGCUGCAGCAUCUUCGAGAAUCUUGGUUCACUGUUUGUCCGGAGCUGUAUCCCUGGUGCCCUGGACCAGGAGUACAACCCAGAGCAGACCCCUAUCAGUCUGUGUGAGGGAUGCGGGGCCAACGGCUUCCGCAAGUGUAUGAGGAACGCUGAGGAGCAGUACUACGGCGCUGCCGGGGCGUUCAGAUGUCUGGUGGAACGUGGUGGAGAUGUUGCGUUUAUACGCCAUCUCACAGUACGGGACAACACAGAUGGCCGUAACCAUGCCAACUGGGCUCGUAACCGACGGUCAGAUGACUAUGAACUGCUGUGCAAGGAUGGUAGUCGGGUGAACAUCGACAAGUUCAGUCAGUGUCAUCUGGGCGAGGUGCCAGGCAAUGCCAUCGUGACAGCCAACUUCAAAGACAUUAAUUCGAGGGAAAUCUACUGGAAUCUUAUGAAUUAUGGUCAACAGUUUUUCUCCUCAGACAUCGAUGGAGAUUUCCACAUGUUUGAUUCAGGAACGUGGUACACUGACCUGAUUUUUACGGACGCGGCGGUGCGACUGAUGAAAAUUCCUCCUGAGAAACAGAAUUACUUGGAAUGGCUUGGACAGGACUUUGUGGGACAGAUAGAAAACCUCCAUAAAUACACCUGUUCAACAGCCCCUCUGUCACCUCAUGUCAACUCUCUGUUAGUCAUCAUCUGCCUCGUCCAGUUCUUCCUGUGGAAUAGGCUUAAUUAAUUCUUUGUAAAUAGUUAAUCAUGAAGAAUCAUAUGUAAAAAAAAAAACGUUAUCAUUUUGCAGCCAUUUUGUUCAUAUUGUGGGAUGAAAGCUGAAGCUUGGAAUACUGUGAAAAACAUCAGACACAUUUCAGUUUUUAUAGAAGUUGAUCCAAAAUUGUGUUGAAGAGCAUAAAGAUUUGACAUAUUUUAAAACAUUAACGUGUAUUUUGAUGUUUUAAAACUAGGCAAAUGCUUUGAUUGCAACAUCGUUGUCCAAACAAAGUAAAAUAUUACUUUAUAAAUUUUGUUCUAUGCUUGAAUGGCAUAAAUAAUAUUUUUAAUGAAUUUUCAUAAAAUAUAAUAUUUAUAAUUUUGUUUACUUUAUAAACUAUCUGCCGUCGAAAAAAGUUCCUUUGUAUUGCAUUCCAAUACAGUCCUGUGUGAUUUUUCUGUAUUUUACACACGACAGAAAUGCUAACCAUGGUGUUUUACUUUAUUCUGUGCUAUACUUGGAGAAAUAGUUUUAUACUUGAACUUUUUUCAUAUUGUUUUAAAUUGUAAAAUUUCAUGUAAAUAUUUUAUAAGAUCUGCAUAUUAUUUUAUCACUCACAUUUAUAUGAAAGAUUACUGGAAAAAUAAUUCACUUUAUGAAUUGUUUGAUAUGUUGAGAAUUGUCUUCAGUUGAAAGUACCUUGUACUUAAGCCAUGAAUUAGCUAAUAACAUUGAGUAUGUAAAGAAAUUGUUUUGAACUAGUAAUAUAUUUUACAUAGAAUGUUUAAUACUUUUACAUACCAUUCCAGAGCCAUUUUGACAAAUAUUUCGUACAUAUUAAACUAAAUUAUAUUAUAAACAUUUAUGUUUUGAAAGAAUGUAUUAACAACCAAAUAUGUAAUUUUGUAACUAGAGUAUACAGUGAUGGAACUGAUACUGUAUACUUAAUAUUAAACAGCUUUCAUCAUAUAACCUAAUUAUGUUACACACAUUUUUGUUUUUUAAAUUUUACCUAACUGAAAUCAUAACUUUUUGUUCAAGAGUUCAAACUGUACAAUGAUUACUUUUUUUCCUUGCCAACUAUUUUACAUAUUUAUAUUAUUUGGGCUAUCAUUCAUGAUGGGUACAAUUUUAAAAUUAUGCAUUUAAGAAUUAAUUUAUCAGAUGUCAUUUUAGGUUUAAAUCAAGGAUGCUUAACUUCAUUUGUACAUAGGCGUAGCACUAGUGAAGAGUAGUACAUUAGUACAGAAUUGUACUUUGAACAGUAAAACCGAAAUGACUGUAAAAGUUAUAGUCAUUAGAGGUAGUGUGUGAGCUUCAUGUGUUGAACAGGGCUAGCUCUAGGUGAGUUAAUAAUUUCAACAAAUUAUCCAUUAAAUUUCUAACACUGCAGAAAUGGACAAAAUAUUAAUUGUUAUAUGAAAUAAUUUUCCCAAAUACACAUUAUUUUUACAAUUCCCAGUGGGUGAAUUUAAGUGAAUGGAUGAGCUAACCAGCCAAUAGAAGACUGCUAACAUUUUAAUAGAAACCAAACAUUUAAAAUAAUGAAUUUCACGGUCGUAGGAAGGUGCCAAAAAGUGGAGGGGAACACACACACACACACACACACACACACACACACACACACACAUAUUAAUACAUGUAAUUUUUUUUAAUAAAUAACAUUGUUGCUGCUAAAACGCGGGGGCACAUGCAACCCCCCACCCCAGCUUCUUACGUCAGUGAAUUUAUUCUGUUAUAACUUGUGAAUAAGGAUUUGUGAAUACAUGUAUCUGCUUAUUGAGUGAAGAGUCAUCCUUAGUUUUUUUAUUUCACAAGCAUACAGUGUAAACACUUUAACCAAUUUCCCAAACCUCUACACCAUCGCUACCUAACUUGUUAGUAGAAAACAUGACUAUUUAUAUAAAAUAACUAUUAAAUUUAAUUUAAAUUUUUAAUAAUUUAAUGUUAGUGUUUUUUUUGUAAGUUCUGAUUGUCUCCCUUUCUGUAUGUUUUUCCAAAUGGUAUUAAGUCUAUGGAUGACUUUAAAUUAUAGCAACUGUUGUACAUGGCAUUUGGUGCCUUACAUUUAAUGCACAUAAUACAUGUACAGUUUAGCUAUGGCUUGUAGAUACAUAUCAUUUUAUUGCAAUACUGAUUAGCAGAAUUAUUAUAUUAUGCAUAUCAAAUGCUCCUUGGCAUAUAAUUAAUUAUUAUUCCAAUAUGUUUUGUGUAAGUAAUACCACGCCCUUUUUAAUGACUGUAAAUAUUCUGAUUUCUACACUUUGUACAUUCCACAUUUUAUAGAGAUUCAGCAUAUGUAUACAAUAUUUUAUACUAAUUAAUAAAUAUUUCUUUGAUA